ACGCAGCGCGGGUGUCCUGCUUGUGUGGAGCUGCAGGAUCCACAGCAUUGUUACUGCAGAACUACUGAGAUUCACUCUCUCUGUGACUGAGCAACGAGACUUUACCUAAAAGAGGGAAAUGAUUCGCACUCGCUCACAGAAACUGGCUGUCCAGCCAACUCCAUCCAGCAGGAGGAGUUUGAGAAGCUUUCGCAACGUUCCACUUGUUCAGAUGGAGACUUCUUCUUCAGCGUCUGAGGACAGCUGUGAUAGUUUUGGCUCUGAUGGAGGAUUUGCUAAUACGAAGAGAAGUGUUGGACGACCAAGGAAGACAGCAGUGAAACCUGCAGUGUCUGAAGUGACCUCUGAGGAGGACACAUGCAGCGGGUCUGAAGAAAUUAUAAUCAACAGCAAAAUGGAGUCUAUGAAGGUGGACACCAAAACACCGAGACGAGGUCGCAGGUCUGCGGGGUUAAAAGUGGCCAUGACAUUCCCCACCAGGAAGCAGGGACAGAAGAGGCCCGCCUCAGAACCUCUGCCUCAGCCUAAAGUCUGUGAAUCUGAGUCAGAGGAGGAGGACUUCAUGGCCAAGAGAGCGUUGAAUAUUAAAGAGAACAAGGAAAUGCUCGCCAAACUGAUGGCAGAGUUGAACAAAGUCUCUGGACUCUUCCCAGGACGAAUGACUAUGUCUGCUCUCUCUACACCCAGACGAGCACCACGGUCUAUAGGAACACCGGGAUCAUGCAGGAAGAACCCACAUCGUCUUUCCCGACCACACACACGGUCCCGUACCCUGGUGGACGGACCCCCCAGCCCUACCCCAGACGAAGAGGAACCUGAGGAUAAGUUCAGCCUGGUCCGCAAAAGUCGCUACUACGAGGAAGUGGAUGAACCACCUCGUCGUCGAGUCUGCAACGGCUCCAAAGCCAUCCCCCACGUGGUGCGGCCCGUGGAGGACAUCACUGAAGCGGAGCUGCAGAGGAUCUGCAUGAAUGUGCGAGAAAAGGUUUACAACGGCUCCACUGGGUCCACCUGCCACCAGUGUCGGCAGAAAACAACUGACACCAAAACCAACUGCCGUAAUCCUGAGUGCCAGGGAAUCAGGGGGCAGUUUUGCGGACCGUGUCUCCGAAACCGCUACGGGGAGGAGGUCCGAGAUGCUCUGCUUGAUCCAGACUGGGUGUGCCCCCCAUGCAGAGGGAUCUGUAACUGCAGCUUCUGUCGUGCACGAGAAGGCCGCUGUGCCACGGGAGUGCUGGUUUAUCUGGCCAAAUACCACGGCUUUGACAACGUGCACGCCUAUCUGAAAAGCUUGAAAAAGGAACUUGAAGAAACCACCAAGUGAAGGGUGGACAAAGAAACAGUUCCUGGACCUGACUGACAUGACUAAGACAACUUUUCCCAGCAGAAACUCUUAGAAUGUUUUCUUCUACUCUCUGAAACUCAGUCAGUAUAAAUUGGUUUAUAUUAACGGUGACGGUUCACUUGUGUUUUUUGAGGAUCAGUCUUCAUAACUUCAAGCCCUUGUAUCAAGAUUUGUUGAAAGUGAACCAGAGUGGAGAAGCUGACCUUUGACAUCUACAAAGUGUAAAUAUUUUAUAUGAUUGUUCUGUGAUUUACAUUCCUUUCCAUUCCCCCCUGCUGCUGCUGCUUCAGAAACAUUCCAGUAAUAAUCAAAUGAUCUACUGUACUAUAUUUUUACAUUGUUUUAAAUGUAUCAACUCUACUUAGAGUGCAUCCUUCAGAUUUAUUCCCCUAGGCUCCAACAACACACAUAACACCUACCCUUUGUCACAUACUAAAAUCACAAUUCUUUCAAUUCUCACCUAGUUUGAACAGAUAUGUCUAUAUGAAACAACAGCUCUAGUCUGUACUGUUCUCAACUGAUGCAUUUCAUAGUUUGAUCUGAAACCCGUGGAAACAAAGGCAAGCUUUUCUGUUGGAAGCGAGGCUCCUGUAAAAGUUACCCUGUAAUCUGCUGUUGAGAUGCACAUGGAAAAGCCUACAGACCGGGUCCAGUGCCUUCUGCUCACAGAGCUCCCAGAGCUCUAUGGGAUAUAUACAUACAUACUGUAUAUACCCCAGUGUCUAGUUAAAUAUCCUUCAUUAGCUAACUGUCGCUAAUGGUGUGGAAACAAUUAGAACCCUCUAAUGGCAUACCUGUAAAUCAAGCAAUGCAGUUCAAGAACGUUCUGGCUCUGCUUCAUUCUCUUUUAGCCUCAUUUUCUGCCCUUCCACUGUGAAGUAGCCGAAGGUGUUCACAAGCGCUCAGCUAUACAGAAAAUGACACAGUAUUAACCCAUGUGUCGUUCAUCUUGGUGCCAUGAUUCACCUCUACUGCCCUGCAUUUACAGUUCAGUUUCAGUUUCAGAGCAGUCAGUAACUGAGGCUCCAGUCCUACUGUGAGGACGUACACGUUGUCUAACUGCUGUUCACGUUUGAAGCUGUGUCACAGUUUGUUCUUGGUGCCUGUUGUCUAUACUGCACAAUCUCAUUAAAGCAUUAAUCACUGCA